AUGGGAAUUUCUAAAAGUGAUCCGAUAGCCAUUAUUGGUGCAGGAGCAUUCGGUCUCUCGACUGCUCUUGAGCUCUCCAAUCAAGGCUAUUCCGACAUAACAGUAUUCGAGAAAGACCAGGAGAUUCCGUCACGAUGGUCAGCUGCGAAUGAUCUCAAUAAGAUUAUGCGAGUUGAGUAUGAGGACGACUUCUAUACCAACCUGGCAAUUGAAGCAGCGCAUGCCUGGCAAACCCCUCUUUAUGCGCCAUAUUUCCAUCGAGUCGGGUAUCUCAAUUGUGCAACCGCGACUUCGCCGCAGAAAGCAGUGGACACUAUGAGGCGAUUCCAUGCGGCUGCCGCGAGACAUCUGGAGACAAGAGCCUACACCGAUACCAUCAACGGCCCAGAAGAUAUCAAAAAAUUCUGCUGGCAAUUCAAAGGAGGUGAACUGCCUGGCUGGAGAGGAUAUCUUUGCCGGUAUGAUGGAUAUGUACAUUCCGCGAAUGCCUUGCGCGGAAUAUAUCGGGAGGCGCAGUCAAAGGGAAUACGGUUUUUCCUGGGUGAAAAAGUCGGCGCCAUCCAAGAGAUUGUCUACGAAGGAGUUGGGCCAAGCCGAAGGAGUAUCGGCGUCAGAACAAAGGCUGGCACGUUUCACGCCGCGUCGCUGGUCAUCGUGGCCGUGGGAGCUGCAGCCUCGAAGAUUGUCCCAGAGAUAGGCAGCGAGGUUUCGGCGAAGUCUUGGUCUGUGGCACAUAUUCGACUUACUGACGAAGAGACGUCGGCGCUGCGCGGUAUUCCGGUUACGUACGCGCGCGACUUUGGGUUUCUUUUCGAGCCAGAUCCGAAGACCAAUCUUUUAAAGCUGUGUCCCAUGGGCGGUGGCUACAUCAACACGAAUCCAUCCACUGGGGUAUCGGAAGCCCCGUCGGGGUUGAUUCGCGGCUUUGUGCCAGCUGAGGAUGAGAGAAAAAUGCGGGAGCUGCUCCGCCAGACUCUGCCAUAUCUAGCAGAUAGGCCACUGGUAGACAAGUCACUAUGCUGGUUUGCAGAUACCGCAGACUCCGACCUCAUCAUCGAUUACGUGCCGGAAACGGCUUCUUCGGUUAUUUUGUUGUCGGGCGACUCGGGACAGGGCUUCAAGAUGUUCCCGAUCUUUGGGCGCUGGGUGGCUAAUUUGCUCAAUGAGUCGGCCAAUGUUCAAAGUAUUGCGCGAUGGCGUUGGAGGGUACCAAAGCCGAAAGCGAAGGGUGGAAUAGAUGAUGUGAGCUGGAGGAUAGGUGACGUGAAAGAAUUACGGGAAAUCCAACAGAGCAGGCCAGUGCCUGCAAAGUUGUGA